AUGUGGGUGCAAAGUGCAUUUGUUGCAUCAACAAGUCCAAUAUUAACAAAAUUCUAUUUACUUGUUAUUUAUCAACGUACAACACAAGAACUUAUGGAUGGUUUAGCUGUUUCUAUGAAAGAUGCAUUAAAAGAGUAUUAUCAAAAUAAUUAUUGUUUACCAGAAAAGAGACGUUGGUGGUAUGUAGAUGAAUUACGUUUAAAAAAACUAGAUCGUUUAUUAACUAUGAAAGAAGAAUAUCGAUAUGAACAUGAAUUAUAUAUUAGUCCAGAAGGUAUUAAUAAACCAUGGACAAAUAUUUUUAAACGACGUUAUAAUCAAUUUCAAGAACAUCAAGAAACAAAUCGUCUUAGAAAAAUCGUUGCUAAGGUUUUAAAAAGAUAUCCACAUUUACGUGAUGAUGAAGAACGUCUUUUGGAAGAAUAUUUAAAAACGUUAUGA